CGCCAUCAUGCUAGAACUUGAUCACGCGUAAAGCUUGUUUCCGACAGUCGUAAUAAUUAUCCUUUUUUAUGUAGGUAAUCGAUUGUACCUGGUCUAUUUUGAGUUCAACAAAAUAAAUGUGACACUAUUAAAUACAAGUGAUCUACAUUCUUUGUGAUUAAUAAUAAUUUUAAUAUCAUAAGUAAAAUGAACAAUUCUACCAUGAAAUCUUGCCCAAGAAAAAAUUCUUCUGAAGGACCCAAAAUGAAGAAAAAGAUGAGUAAAGCACAAAUGCAGUUGGCUUUAAUUAAGAAGAAGCAAUGUGAUGCCAAGGCCUUAAUGAUCGUUGAACGUCUCCUGGAACCUAAUGUAGAUUCAGGAUGGUUACUCCAAAAUUUGGGGAGCAUAAACCGUUGUCAUAUGGAGGAUGCAAUUGAGGAAAGAGCCAUUGUUAAACAGUGUGGAUAUGUCCUGUGUGAUAAUUCUAUAACUGUAGUAAUUAAUCAACGUUAUCAUAUUUCUACUAAAAGCAAUAAAAUAUAUGAUGUGAGCAAGCGCAAAAAUUUCUGCAGCUCUCGUUGUUAUGGUGCUGCGAACUACCUUUUGGAACAGUUAUUGACCAGUCCUCUUUGGCUCAGAGAAAUUGAACAAAUUCCAAAGUUCCAGCUCUUACCAUUGAAUCAUGAUAUAUGUAAAGGUGUUCCCGGAGAAAUAGUUGAUUUGGGAAUCAUAAAUCUUGAAAUUGAAACUGAUAAAGAAUCUAACAUAGCACCCACAGCAGAGAUAGAAACUAAACUUGAUAAAUCUAAUAGUAAGGAGAAGCAAAGUGAAUCUUGCAAAAGUUCUGUAAAUGCAAAUGAUACUAUAUUUGAAACAAGAAGUUCCAUUGACUUGUCAAAAGAGAAUUUUGAUGUUUUAACAAUAAUGUCUAACAUCAAUGAAAAGGCAGAGGAAAUGAGACAUGAUACAGUGGAUGAAGAUAACACUUCAAUAUUUUCUCAAAAUAAGGAUAAUUAUUUACCAGAAUCGAUUAAAGGUGAAAUGAAAAUAAUAAAUGCUGUAGAAAAUAUGAAAACUGAAGGGACUCUUGCUUCUAGUAUUGAUUCAAAUAUAAUAAGUAUAAACGAAAAUUAUUUGGAAACUGAUGAAGAUCAAUGUGAAAGGUCAUCAGUAUCACAGGAAAUAAUAAACUCAGACAUUUUGACGUUUGACGGACCACCUAUUUCAGAAUCUGUCAACUUUGAAAAAUUUCAUAUAGGAAAACAUGUAGAACGAAAUCCUGAUGAUCAACUUAGCGGCAAAAAGUCAAUGAAAAAAAUAAAAAAUGAUUUGAGGACAACUGAAGUCAGUUUCGAAAUGUUGUUAAAACGCGUGGAAAAUCGUUUUAAAGAAUGGAUCACUGGAGAUACUCUGUGUUUACUCUUAGGAGAAGAGGCUGUGAGGCAACAAACAAUGAAUAAAAUAGAGCGACAAGAGAAAUACACAGUAUUGUGUAAAAAAUUAAAUCGCAUACAACUUGAAGAAGAAAGAGAAGAUAAGCAAGUAUUGGAAAAAGCAGCUUCAUUGAAGCCACUUCCCCAUUUUUCUGAGCUGCAGAAGGAAGGAAGGAAAAUGCAACUGAAGGUGCGAGCAUUCAUUGAGGGUCGCACAGUAAUAGAAAUCCCUGAAAAAACAACUGAAACAACAUCUGAUAGGAUUAUCGAGGAGGAAUCAACUCCUGUGCUACCUUUAUUGGAUGUUCACGCGCCAAGUGCUCUCAGAAGACGUAUUUUAUUGGAUAAACUCAACAGGAUAUUACCAGAUUUGUUACGGGCUUUAGCUGGCAGUGAUAUUUAUUUGACAGAACAGUAUGCAAAUAGCAGCGAAAGAAGUGCAACAGUAAAGGCACUUGUAAAUACAUUUUCUCUGUCAGCAUCGAAUAUAGUGUUCAAAACCAUAGAAUGGACUCUCGUCGGUUUGAUUUUCAUUAAACUAUUAAGCCUGAUAGACUCGCGAAUAAAAUUCUUACUGUCGACUGAGCAGGCAUCCAUGUACACAUCCAUGAUUUUAAUGUCCUAUAAGUUGGAACCUUUUUACUUGGACAGACUAGUAGCGAGGUUAACAAAUACUUCUGAAUCCUCCAUCACAGUGGACGAAGUGAAAAUGUAAAGAAAGUGCUUUAAUUGUAUACAUUUAAUUAAUAAAAAAAAUACGAUCGCGCUGAGAAAUCUUAUGAAAAA